AUGAACGUGACGCUCGCGGUGAAACAGUACGUGUCCAAGAUGAUUGAGACCAGUGGGACCGGGAUGAAGGUGCUGCUGAUGGACCGGGACACGACCAGCGUGGUGAGUGUGGUGUACUCUCAGUCGGAGAUCCUGCAGAAGGAGGUUUAUCUGUUUGAACGAAUUGAAUCACAGAACCGAGAACCCAUGAAGCACCUGAAGGCCCUGUGCUACCUGAGACCUACCAAGGAAAAUGUGGAGCUGUUGGUUCAGGAGUUGAGGAAACCAAAGUACAGUGUGUACUUCAUCUUUUUCAGUAACGUCAUCAGCAAGAGCGAGAUCAAAGCUUUGGCCGAAGCGGACGAACAGGAAGUGGUGGCAGAGGUCCAGGAGUUUUACGGAGACUUCAUCGCCCUGAACCCACACCUGUUCUCCCUCAACCUGGUGGGCGUGUCCCGGGGCCGGAGUUGGGAGCCCUCCCUGUUGCAGCGUUGCACUCAAGGCCUCACUGCGGUUCUUCUUUCGCUAAAGAAGUGUCCUAUGAUCCGGUACCAGCUGUCGUCAGAGCUGAGCAAGAGGCUGGCAGAGAGCGUGAAACAAAUCAUCACUAAAGAAUAUGAACUGUUCGACUUCCGGAAAACAGAGGUUCCUCCUCUGCUGCUGAUCUUGGAUCGUAGCGACGACGCCAUCACGCCACUGCUCAACCAGUGGACGUACCAGGCCAUGGUGCACGAGCUCCUGGAGCUGAACAACAAUCGUAUCGAUCUGUCGCGAGUCGCAGGAGUCAACAAGGACCUGAAGGAGGCGGUGCUGAGCGCGGAGAGUGACGAGUUCUACGCCAAUAACUUGUACCUGAACUUUGGGGAAAUUGGAACAAACAUCAAAAACCUGAUGGAGGAUUUUCAGAAGAAACGACCCAAAGGACAACAGAAGCUGGAGUCUAUCUCAGACAUGAAGGCCUUUGUGGAGACCUAUCCUCAGUUUAAGAAGAUGUCUGGGACAGUGUCCAAACAUGUGACAGUGGUGGGAGAGCUGUCCAGACUGGUGUCAGAGCGAGUUCUGAUGGAGGUGUCCGAGGUGGAACAGGAGUUGGCCUGUCAGAGCGACCACGGCAACGCAGCCCAGAUGGUGCGCCGCAUGCUGCAGAAUCCUCGUGUAUCGGAACUUGACGCCGUGCGCCUCGUCAUGUUGUACGCACUACGCUAUGAGCGUCACGCCAACAACAUCCUGCCGGCCCUGAAGGGGGAGCUAGAAAGAAGAGGGACCAGUGAGCAUCUGAAGCAGAUGGUUUCUCGUGUGGUGGAGUUCGGUGGGAAACGGGUCAGAGGAAGUGACCUCAUCACUGCCACAGACGCCGUUGCCAUCACUAAACAGUUCUUCAAAGGACUCAAGGGGGUGGAGAACGUGUACACACAGCACCAGCCGCUGCUGCAGGACACCCUGGACCAGCUGAUCAAAGGGCGUCUGAAGGACACUCUGUUCCCCUAUGUGGGACCCAGCGCCCUACGGGACAGGCCGCAGGACAUCAUUGUCUUCAUCAUCGGAGGAGCAACUUAUGAAGAAGCUCUGUGCGUUUACAACCUGAAUAGAAGCAGUCCAGGAGUCAGACUGGUGCUGGGAGGAAGCCACGUUCACAACACCAGGAGUUUCCUGGAGGAGGUGAUGUUUGCCACCGGUCACGGCUCACAAGGCGGCAGUCGUCAUGGUAAUCGGCGCUAG